AUGUCUCGAAUGACGGAGCAAAUCGAUCACGGUCCAGAAGUCGUGCGAGAAUCGUACCAUCCAACUUUGGAAUCCGUGCAACAUUCACACCAUGUUCUGAACAACCAGUACAAUAGCCCGAUAGCAGCAUCACCUCAUUCAUAUCCUUUUCCAAGCGCCAACGAGAAAACGCCCAACAUCUCCAGCACUGGAAGCCACGUUGACUCGAAGCCAACUUCGGAGAUUGGUCUCAACACCACACGCGUGGACGCUCCGAGCAAGACGCGUGGACCUAGGGGUUUGAGCAGUGUUGCUUUCGGGCUCCUUGUUGCUUUGAUCACAGCCGUUGUGGUUGGCGGAGCCGUUGGCGGAGGAGUCGGCGCUGUAGCUGCGAGGAAGAAUAACGACCUUAACAAAGCUAACGAAGCGCUCGUUGUUGCUCAAGCGGCCAUACAAGACCUGAGCCAGAACCAAACCCAGAGUUCAGAUACCACAACAACCAACUGUACAAACAACUUGACCAAUGGAACUGGGGUGAUAACGACAGCAGAUCUCACAAACUAUACUGUUGCACCAGCGCUCAGCGUGGAAAAUGUGUUCCUAGACUGCCCCAACAUCGCUUCCAGCCAAUUUACCACCACGCAGAAUGAAAAGUUCUCCUUGUACUGCGGAAGCGCAUGGCUUUCCGGGUUGGAGGCUGCACAAGGUGGUGUAGUUGCUGACAUGGUCCAUAUUGUGGCGUACUCUGUGCAAGAUUGUCUGGAAGCAUGCUCUGGCUUUAAUUAUGAGCAGCGGAAAUGGAACGGCACGGCAAGAUGCCGAGCGAUGAAUUUCAGGGCUAAUAUGGCGGAGAAAGUUGAAGCGAUUGGCGGCAAUUGUUGGUUGAAAAAUGAUACGGUUAAGGAUAUCGGAGCUGCCCCAACAGCAGAUGGAGUUAUCAGCGGCCAGAUUGUUGAAUAG